CGUCCUCAUCCACGGGACCCCCAGCAGCAAUACAAAACAAGAAAACAAAUCCUCCUCCUCCUCCACCUCCGAUUAAUCAAUCGAACCACUCGCUGCGGCGGCGGCGAGGAGCAACCUACGACCAGGAGAGGAGACCCAACCAACCACUGGUCGUCUGACCCCCCUCACCACCGGAGAGCUUUGCCUUCUACGCUAAUCAAUCCAGCCCGAGUUAAGGGACCUCUUAAUUGCCCGGAGAUCCGCCUGGCUUAUCGUCUUCGCCUCCUUCCCCGUCCUACCGUGUUCCCCCGGCUCUUGGCGCCAAAAUUCCCCCUUCCGAUCUCAGGGCCUUCAGGGGGCCUUUCGUUCGGUGGUGUGCCUAGUUUCGUCGACGGAAGUUCACCAUGGGAGGCUGUGUGGGCAAGGACCGUAGCAUUGUGGAAGAUAAGCUUGAUUUCAAAGGUGGAAAUGUGCAUGUCAUCACAACCAAAGAGGACUGGGACCAAAAGGUUGCAGAAGCAAACAAAGAUGGGAAAAUUGUUGUGGCCAAUUUCAGCGCUUCCUGGUGUGGCCCAUGUCGUGUCAUUGCACCUGUGUAUGCUGAGAUGUCAAAGACUUAUCCUCAACUCAUGUUCUUGACAAUUGACGUUGAUGACCUAAUGGAUUUCAGCUCAACAUGGGACAUCCGAGCAACCCCGACGUUCUUCUUCCUCAAGAACGGCCAGCAGAUUGACAAGCUCGUCGGCGCCAACAGACCUGAGCUCGAAAAGAAAGUACAAGCUAUUGGUGAUGGCAGCUGAACUCUGCUGCAGAACUAGAAACGAGACAGCUCGACAUUGCUUGUCUGUCUGUACCGCCAUAUGCUUGUGUGUCGUGUGUGCUGCAUGAUGGUUUCCCGGUGUACAGUGUCUGUGUCUUUCCCGCCAAGACCACGUUUUACAAUUUUGCGCCGACACAUAUGCAUGCUUGUGAAACUUUGAAGAUGAACCUGAGCUGUAAAAUGCUAGUCUUGUGAGUUUGUCAUCUGCCGAGGGAAAGUGUUUUGCUUGUC